GUAGGAGAAAUACCACGAAGAAGAAAACAGGAAAACAAGAAAAACUUCAAAAAAUCAGAAAUAAAGAUUUAAAUUCAGGAGAGAACCAUGCCGUUACUCACCAACAUGUCGAGCUUGGAGGAAUUUGAGGGUGAAAUCUCUGCUGUGAUGGAGACCGUGUUGGAGUCUGCUGUGAAGGAGCUCCGGAGACUUCUGGAGCUUUGCUCAGCUAACGCUGAAAACACAGCCGAGAAGGAGCGCUCCAAAUCAGCUUCAAUGAAGAUGUCAACGGGGGAGAAGAACCAAGAGCAGGAGAGACAACAAGAGACAGUUACCGAUGAGUUAACGGACCAGUUUGCAGCCCUCAUGGCAGCGUGGACCAAAGGAGCAGUAGAGAAGAUCCUGAUGAUGUUGACAGUGUCUCUGCAUGAAGCUGAGGACGGCCCUGCUGCAGAGCAGAGGGCCGGGCUGAAUGAUGGAGCCAAACAGAGUGUGAAAGCAAAGGCUACAAAAACUGGAUGUGCUGCCCGACCCAUGAAGCGAUUGAGAAGCUCUUUGGGAGAACACAAAUCAGCUCCAACACAGGAGAGUGACCACGCAUAUCACAGAGCUGAAGCAGCCACAGAGGAGAGUAACUCUGGGUCUCUGUCUGAACCUGAAGCGGUCCUCACAGAGCAGAGCUCAGUGUUGGACUCCGGUGGAAGAGCAGAUGUUGCCCUGGGUGAGUGUGUCCAGACUUCACCCAACACAUCCAAAAACAAGAAGCCUACAGGCCCGUUUAAAUGCCCAUCCUGUGACAAGCUGUUCACUCUGAAGUGUAUGAUGGAAAGACACUACCUGAUUCACUCCAAACCUCACCUCUGCUCUGAGUGCGGGAAACGUUUCUCUGUGCUGCGAGGACUUCACGCACACUCAAGACGCCACACCGGAGAGAAGCUUCACAAGUGUUCAGAGUGUGGGACGGAGUUCGCGCACAAGUCAACCUAUGUCAGACACAUGCGUCGUCACAGCCUGGUCAAACCACACACACACACGUGCACACUGUGUGAGAACAAGUUCAUCGGGGUUUUGGCGCUGCAGCGGCACAGGUGCAGCGCCUUAAAGAAGACCUUUAUCUGCUCGCUUUGUCCAGAGACGUUCGAGUGCAGGCAGAGUUUGGCGGAUCAUGAGAAUCUGCACUCAGGUAGCCGAGACUUUGUUUGUGAAAUGUGUGGAGACAGUUUCUUCUCCUCCUCGUCCCUGUCCACUCAUCGAGUGACUCACAUGCAGAAGAAAAACUGCUGCGACACGCUUGGUUUUGGAAGCAGUGACUUGAGCGUCCUCAGAAGCCACCUGAGCAAACACACCGGAGAGAAACUCUUCUCCUGUGAGGUGUGCGGUAAAGGCUGCAGCCACCGGAGCGCCCUGAAGCAUCACAUGCUGACCCACACGGGAGAGAGGCCGUACGUCUGUGAGACCUGUGGCAAACGCUGCGGCCACGCCAGUGCGCUCCAGAACCACAUGAGGAUUCACACCGGGAAGAAACCAGGCCUGCAACCGGUCUGUGACAUCUGCGGCAAAAAAUUCAGACGCACGGUCAACCUGAAAUAUCACAUGAGCAUCCACACGGGGGUGAAACCGUACGCCUGCGAUCAGUGUGAUAAAACCUUCAGCAACCCGAGCAACAUGAAGCUGCACGCCAUGAUUCACACGAGGGUGAAGAUGUACGGCUGCAACGUCUGCGGUCGGAGGUUCAAUCAGGCGAGCGGCCUCAAGCAGCACAGACGGGUCCACACGGGGGAGUGGCGCUACAGCUGCCAGGUGUGUGGGAAGGGAUACAUGAACAGUGGGGACUUCAGGAGACAUCAGGGGGAACACCUGCUACAGGAAGGACAGACUGAGACGCUGCAGUGAAAUCAGACACAUUUAACUUAAAGGUGACAUAUUAUGCUCUUUUUUUUAUCAAAAUAUAUUGGUCUAAGAGGUCCCCAAGACAUGUCUUCAAAGUUUAUUGCUCAAAAAAACACUUCAAAUCAGAUUUUGGUAUGCCUGUAAACCCCUCUUUUUCAGCCCUGCUCAGAACGGGCAGUUUUCUGUGUCUGUGCCUUUAAAUGAGAAUGAGCUCUCUGACCACGCCCCCUCAGGAAGUGGAUGUGGCCUCGGCUCUCCAGCACAUUGAUCUAAUGUUUACAUGUUGGCUGAAUAUACAUGGCUGCUCACAGACCCGCGUUACUUCAACCCUCUGAAUCUGAUCCAGAAUCUGAUCGUGACGGAGAGGCGCCUGCAGCAGCACCUUUCUGGACUAUUGGUCACAGAUGUUGUGUUUCUUGUUGUUUUAUUUGCCAGCAUAUCAACAUGUGUCUUGGUACACAGCUACAAACAUGUAGCUAUAUGGCUAUGCUAACUAGCGCUAACACUUUUCCAUGAAAAAUAAAAAUCAUCCACUAGAUCUUUAAAUCUGCAGAUGUGGGGAGUAAAACCGACCUUUGUGUUUAUUGAGACAGCCUACAACUAGCAUGCCUCCCUCCUAAGCUCCUUGUUAGCACACAUGUGUGCAGGUAAUGUAAAACGGAGGAGGGGUUGAGUUGUAUUUUAUACAGUCUACGGGCUGAACAAGCUCCGAGCUAUGACCUUUAAAAACAUUUGGAUUGAAGGAAUACGGUUCUCUUUGUGGACGGACUAGUAGGAGCAGUGAGGUCCAGCUCAAAGACAAACUGUUUGAACUGUGUUUUUACUGGUUUAUCAGGCAUCAUAACUCCUGAACAAUAAUCUCAUUCUAACUAAAGUAACUGUCAUCAUAACAAUUAAUCUUUUAACCCUGUAAAGACUGAACCAUCAAAUAAUUGUCAGAAAAUUCUUAUUCUUCGAAAAUGGAGUGUUUAUUGGACAUUCUGACUAAUAAAAAAAAGAAAUGAAA